AUGGUUUUGACACUUGAUCUUGGAGAAGAUCGACUUAGUUCCCUUGAUUCAACUAUCGAUCUCAAUAUUCAUGCUUCAACUCAAGUACUAAUUCCCGACGACACUGGCUUAACGGAUGCAGCCUGUAUCGGGAGGCUGCUCAAAUCGCAAGAUCUAUGGGUGUUCCAAACUCCCGAGCUCAAGCUCUGCAUUUCGAUUUAUAUCAGUGCGUCGAUAGCCCUUUCGGUCUCGGCUUUCGCUUCAUCGGUCGGAGAGAUGAUGUGUAGUUCCAAGGUAUUCUCAUGGUCAGCUUCAGAUCACCUCCACUACGACAAUGUCACCUCCUUCAAGCUCAUCAUCGGCAUUCAAAAGGACUUGAGACAGUCGAAGACGAGACCUACACGGAAAACAACGUUAUUCGAUUAUCUUGACAAUAUUCAUCCUCCAGACUACAUCAAGACUGUUUAUCUAUCUACAGUCAAUGCAUCUAUGUCUUUCACUACCAGAGACGAAACCGCACAGCUAUAUAUACUGGAUACUACAGACUCUUUGACAGAACCGGAUUCGGUAGGAGACUAUUGCUACAUGAACUAUAUACUGAAGAGCACGCAAGAUGGUGUUUUACUAAACCCCCAACCAGAUUUGUAUACGAUUGAUUUUGAUAGCACUCACGCUACAUCCUUCAUCGAUGAGCUAGAAGGGUUGCUUGAGAGCGAACAGAGCCCUCACACUCCCACAGAAUCCUUCGAAGCUAUUCCCCCGAAGGAACAGCGUGAACAGCUGUACAAUCUUUUUUCAGUCGGCCUCGAAUCGCUUCUAUUUGGACGCACUGCAUCAAUCAAUCAGAGUGUUCUCCAUAGCAAGAAGCUACAACCUCUUUCACAGCUCGCACCCUCGGUCUUUAACCCGAACUACCACAGGGAAAUCGGUCAACGAUCAGCCCUAAUCCCCUCCAUCACGAAAUCACUUUCUUCCAUACUCAAGCUCACCAACCACCAAUCCCUUCAAUCCAAACUAGGCAAGCUAAACAAUAGAGACACGCUUCACCCCACUACAGCGAACACAGACACAAACAAUAUUGAAAACACUAUAAGUGCAUCCCUCUUCCGCAUCGCCCAGAAACAGCUCUACAAGCCACAAGCAUCCCGAAAACUGCGUUUUCAGGCCCCAUCACCCAACCCUCAAUGCAAAGACCAGCCGUCGCCAGUCGAAGAAAGAAUGUAUGGAGAACCAGAUUAUUCUUCCGAUGAAGAAGAAGAACUCCUUGGCUACAGUGAGCCCGAUGAGAGUAGUAGCUGCGCGAUGCUAUCGACGACUACGGCUGCUGCACCUUCUUCAUCAUGCGGGUCACUGCCAUUCUCACAGGAUGAUUACGACGAUGACGAUGAUGACAUUAUGUCUAAUCGAUCUGAUGAAGAUGAUAUAAUUCACACGCUGGUUUCAGAUGAUAUGGUAGAGCUUGAAGGAUUAGAAGAUGGCUACGGUGACGACGAUAUGCUCUGCAGUAGUUUUUGA